AUGGCAUUAAAGGAAAAGAAUGCCAUGAUUGAGGAUCUAGGAAGAUUAGAGGAUAGUCAAGAGUGUGGCAAUUACAGUUUAAUGCCAAAAAAAUUAAAAAUCAUGCACUUGGGUCUCAAAAAUCCAAAGGAUAAAGAUAGUUUUAAUGGCACUAUACUGGAAACUACUGAGGAAAAGGAUCUAGGAGUCACUAUUUCAGGAGACUUAAAGGCAGCUUUUGAUGAAUUUCACCAAGUUCAGAACCUACUUGUCUUUGUUUUUCUACAGACCUACAUUAUAAGUCUCAUGGGAAACAUUACUAUAAUUUUUCUUGUUAAAGUAGAACCUUCUCUUCAUACUGUAAUGUAUUUUUUUAUUAGUGUAUUCUCUUUUUUAGAAAUUAUGCUUGUGUCUGUCAUUAUCCCAAAACUUUUAGCCAUUCUAAUUUCAGAAAAUAAUGUUAUUUCUUUCAUUGAAUGCUUUACUCAAAUGUAUAUGUUCAUUUCUUUCGGUGCAACUGAAUGUUAUCUUCUCGUAGCAAUGGUCUUUGACCGACACCUAGCUAUUAACAAUCCAUUACAUUACCCAGUUAUAAUGACACCCAUAUUUUGUUAUAAGCUGGUUAUUUUACCAUGGAUCAUGGGAUUUGCUACUAUUUCUGUCCCUGUCAUCAUGACAGCUUGUUUGGAAUUCUGUGGUCCUAAUGUGAUCGACCACUUCUUCUGUGACUUGGCCCCACUGCAGAACUUGGCAUGUUCAGAUUCCUUUGUUAGCAGUAUAUUAACAAGCACAGUUGCUAUAUCCAAUGGUGCUCUGACUUUUAGUACAAUCAUAGGAUUCUACAUCCAUAUAAUAAUGACGGUUUCAAAAAUCAAGAGUGAGGAGGGAAAACAGAAAGCAUUUUCCACAUGUUCAUCUCAUCUCAUUGUAGCAGGCCUAUUUUAUGGAACAGGCACCGUUGUGUAUGUCAAACCAAAAGGAAGUUAUUAUGACAAAUAUCUGACUUUUAUGUACACAGCAUUAACACCUAUGAUUAACCCUUUUAUUUACACCUUUAGAAACAGAGACGUGAGGAAUGUUUUAAGGAAGUCAGUAAAUCAGAUUAUAAAACCAGCUUCAUUGUAA